AUGUGUGCUAAGAAGAUUAGAAGUUUAGUAACAGUUAACAGAGCUGCACUACUGUGCUCCCUACUGACUAUCUGCCUAUUCCUCAACUCGUUGGAAGGAGAACUAGUUUUCGACGACACUGCGGCCAUUGUCGGAAAUGAUGAUGUGCAAAUGAAGACGCCGUGGAGGGAUCUGCUAAGGAAUGAUUACUGGGGUACUCGUAUGAAUUCCACCGCUAGUCACAAGUCGUAUCGGCCUCUGACGGUGGCCACUUUUCGGCUGAACUACAUGCUGCACGAGCUGGAGCCGCUGGGCUACCACUUGGUGAACGUGCUCCUGCACAGUGCAGUGGUCUACCUGUACGUACUGCUGUGUGGUGUGGUCUUCAGUGAAGUGUGGCCGGCACUGAUAGCUGGACUACUGUUUGCAGUCCACCCCAUACACACUGAGGCGGUGUGUGGAGUUGUGGGCAGAGCAGAACUCCUGUGUGCAGUAUUCUUUAUCCUAUCGUUUACUGCAUACGAAAAGGCAAAACGUGGAAACAGCACAAUGUGGUUGCUGGGCAGCUGGCUCUUAGCUGUGGUUUCGAUGCUCUGUAAGGAACAAGGAAUCACAGUAGUGGCCAUUUGUGCUGCGUACGACAUUCUUCAAAACUAUCAGGAGAACAGACAGUCUCUGUUGAAGCUACUUGACACGAUGGUGUCUGAUCUGACAAAGACUCCACUGUGGCUGGUAGGGUGCGGAAUAAGAGCAGCUGUUGUGGGUGUCCCGACGGCUCUAGUGCUGGCAGUGAGACUGUCAGUAGGAGAACCCAGCCGCGACCUCUUCCACCAGAAUGUUAACCCACCAUUGGCACUGGAAACUCCCUAUCGGCAGCUAAGCUGGGCCUACCUGUCAUUUGUCAACUCUUGGCUAUUGCUGAAUCCAUGGAACCUCAACAUAGACUGGAGAUUCGGGGCUGUCCCUCUCAUCAACUCGCUAACGGAUCCCCUCAACUUGUUGACCCUGCUGGUGUUGGGGUGUCUGACAGGACUUGCUGCGUGGAGUCUCAGUGGCCGUGGAGAGAGACACAGAACAGUGGCCAUCUCCCUCUCUCUCCUGGUCCUCCCCUACCUCCCAGCCUCCAACCUCUUCUUCCCCGUGGGCUUUGUAGUGGCUGAGAGAGUCCUCUAUAUCCCUAGUAUGGGCUUCUGCAUGCUGGUCGGCUUCGGGGCAUGGCAACUCAUACAAACAACAACAAAUAAAACACUCAAGAACAUCAUCGUCUGUUUCAUUGUGUAUAUACUUGCCGUCCAAUCUGUGAAAACGGUUGCUCGCAACCCCGAGUGGAAAUCGCACAUUCCUCUCUUCGAGUCGGGAAUUCGUUUGAACCCUCGCAACGGUCUCCUCCUCUCGAACCUCGGUAAAGAGUUGAAGGAGGCGGGAGACUGGGAACUGGCCGAGAAGGUACUAAAGAGGGCAGUGGAGGUGUCUCCGACUCAUUCUGGCGGCCAUAUGAACCUGGGCAAGAUUCAGUUUCACAGUAAGAGAUAUUCCGAGGCAAUACCGCCACUUCGAAAGGCGCUGGAGCUGAUCCCUGCGGACGGGAAUGGAUCUCUCCAGAUCGCCGCCACGUCCUACCUCCUCGCCGUGAGCAUGGCAAUGGACAGCAGCAACCAGACUGCUCUGACGGAGGCCCUGGCGAUCUGCAAUGCUGCUCUCCGGAGAAGAAAAUCGUCCUCAAUACUGAUAGAGAUGAAAGAGCUGUCACAGGCACUCCAGACGGCAGAGGCUGGACUGAGACACAACAGCUCUGCCCACGAACUCCACCUGACCAGAGCGACAAUCCUCAGAGACAUGGGAGAGAGGGAGGAGGCAAAACAGGCGUAUCGAACGGCGCUAGAAAACAAGUCGGACUUUCUGCUGGCGAUUAAGAGACUUGCAUUCAUGUACUCUGAGGACAACCAACACGAUCUGGCGCUACCACUGUGGGAGAAAGUAAGAGAAUACGAGCCGUCCAACCAAGACUGCUACAAUGGCCUAGCAACAGCCCUAUUCAUUGCCAAAGACUACGACAAAUCCGAAGAAGUCCUCACGGCUGGCUACAAACUCUUCCCCAAGAACAUCAACAUUAUCUUCAACCUUGGAAAUCUCUAUCUGAGGAUGGACAGACGAGAACAGUCGCUUCACUUCCUCCAACUUACAAUGGAGCUCGACCCAAACUAUCGCAACGUUAAAACGCUCAUCGAGCAAAAAUUCAAAGACAUUACAAAUUAG